AUGACACGCAGUCCCGUUUCUGUGGCGGCGGCGGCGGCCAUCUACCUGGCCAGUCAGGCCUCUGGCGAUAAGAAGACUCAAAAAGGUACUGAUGAAGCUAAGAGUGUUUUAGGAAAAGGACUAACAUUAGCUUUUAAGCCAGAAAAUAGUGUUUUCCGAAGCAUCCUGGCAAUAGUUCCAAACGUGUGUCAGUGCACGCUGGCCAGAGGUGCCGUUAGAUCGUGGGUGUGCAGAUUUUCACAAAAGCACAAAACAAAUUUUUCGACAUUAAAUGUUUACGAGAUGGCCCCAAUUAAAAGGAAAACCUGGCACCAUAGUGCCAUGAUACGAGCCGUGGAUGCAGUACGGAGCAAUCAAAUAGGUUACUUAAAGGCAUCAAAACAAUUCGGUGUUCCUAAGGAUACCCCAGAAAAGGCCGGAUGGCCAAGAGGUCACGGUGACAGCCUACCGCUCUGGGGGACCCGGGAUCGAAUCUGGACGGGUCAAGACUGUCCAGAAUCUGGGGACAUGACAGAUAUUGGUUAUAAAGAUUUAGGAAUAUGUGCAAGAAAAUUAUAUAUAAAACGAUUACAGCUAUUGAAUGAAACAAAGAGAUUGAGAAUUCAGCAUAAAGUUCCUCCUGUAUAUCCAAAUGGGUGGAUACCGUUGUUAGAAUCCAGAGAUCUGACUUUUGGGGAGAGCAAGCCUGUGACUGCUCUAGGUCAGCAAUUCGUUAUAUUUCGUGGAAAAACAGGCAAAUGCUUUGUUUUAGAUGCUUAUUGCCCUCAUUUGGGUGCUCAUUUAGGGCUGGAUGGCAAGGUUUACGAAGAUUGCAUCGAAUGCCCAUUUCACGGAUGGCGAUUCUCUGGACAGGAUGGUUCCUGUGUGAAGAUACCUUACGCCAAAAAAAUUUCUGAAGUGGCUAAAAUAAAAAGUUGGGAAACAAUAGAGCAAAAUGGAUUUAUCUAUGUGUGGCAUCAUGCAGAAGGCCAACCACCACUAUGGAAACCUCCAGUUAUACCAGAAAUAGAAAAGGGAUCAUGGCAUUAUAAAGGACGUAGCGAACACAUUAUUAAUUGCCAUAUUCAGGAAAUCACGGAAAAUGGAGCAGAUUUUGCUCAUUUCAAUUGCCUACACAAAUUUGGCAUUACGGCUGGAAUAAUUCUGCAUCCAGAAAAUUGGUGGAAAUUUUUUCAAAAUAUAUGGAAUUUUAGCUUCACUCAAAUACCUGAACCAAAUUUUCAUUGUUCCAAAUAUAUAGGUAAUACUGAUGUUAAAUUGUUUGGAAUAUCUGUUGCAUGGACAUCAUUUAAUGUUCAACAGAUUGGCCCAGCAAUAUUUCAUACGUAUUUGAAAAGUUCUCUCGGAAGUGGAGUAUUUGUUCAAUGUAUUAUACCCGAAGGACCAUUUCGACAGAGAUUCGUCCGCCAUUAUUACUCUCCUUAUCGAUUUUCAACCUUAUUUGAUCAUAUUAGCUUGUUUACGGAAUCUCAUAUGAUCGAGCGUGACGUUCGCAUUUGGAACUACAAAAUGUAUUGGAAGAAUCCAGUUUACGUGUCAGAAGACAAGAAAAUUGUCAAAUUUAGAAAAUGGUACGCUCAGUUUUACAGCGAAAAUAGCCCCAAGGCUGAGGAAGAGGAUCUUAAUUGGUAA